UAAAAACCCGUUGGCGUUCUAAGAAUUAGGAAAAGCUUUUGUUUGUCCAGUAUUUUUUCUUCGCGUGUCUAGAUAGUCGUUUGCCCUUUGUGUUCGUUAUCUAGUAAUUUUUUUUUGCGGUCGUCCCUUGAAUUUCCUAAUUGUUGUCCAUGAAUCACCGCUAAAAAGAUAAUGGAUCGAAAUAACUCCAACAAUAAUCCAGACAACUCUGGCGAUAAAGACAACUCUGACAAAAACCACAACUCUGGCGACAAAGACAACUCUGAUAACAUAGGCAACAGAGGCAACUCAGACAACAGAGGCAACUCUGACAGCAGAGGCGACUUUGAGAACAGAGGCAACUUUGACAACAGAAACAACUCUGACAGCAGAGGCAACUCUGACAGCAGAGGCAACUUUGAGAACAGAGGCAACUUUGAGAACAGAGGCACCUUUGACAACAGAUGCAACUCUGACAACAGAGGCAACUUUGACAACAGAGGCAACUUUGACAAUAGAGGCACCUUUGACAACAGAGGCAACUCCGACAGCAGAGGCAACUUUGAGAACAGAAGCGAUUCUGACAACAGAGGCAACUUUGACAACAGAUGCUACUCUGACAACAGAGGCAACUUUGACAACAGAGGCACGUUUGACAACAGAGGCAACAUUGGCAACACAUUAUCGGCGACAGGCGGACUGCCAGAUGCUUAUACUGGCCCCAACUGGCGUUUCAGUAGUUCUCCUGCUGCAAAUGCUGACGCCGCUCGCUAUGCAGCUCGCGGCCUUCAUCAGCCUUUACGAUUUCCUUCCUUAUCAAAUGAUUAUCGUGCUCCACCCCCCUCAAUGUUACCAUCGCCAUCCCUAUUAGCAACGCCACGAGCACCGGUGGUACCUAUCAGACAAAUUUGGCAAAACCCCUCUAAUGUGCCGAACAUCCGCCCAAGAGAUAGAGAAGAGAUGUUUCCACCAUCACUGGCGAUAUCAAGACCACCUGUAGUAUCUAUCAGAAACCUUUGGCAAAAUGCAUCCAAUCAAUAUGGGCUGAAUGCCGACCAAAGACGUGAAGGAAGAGGUGAACAAGAGGUGCUUCGGCGACGACCGAUACCUAUCGGCGAGAUCUGGCGACAUGAUACCAAUCGAUAUGUACCAAGAGGUGAAGAAAUAGUAGCAACUUGGUUUGAAUUGGCUAGGCUAGCUCCACCUCUACCAGAACUACCCUUUUCGGAUUCAAAUUUUCAAACGUUCUUGGAGAAGUCCAUUUUAGCGGCUAUAAAAAUAAUACAAGAGAACCAACACAGACCAUGUUUCCGGAACUUGAUACAUCUCUGUAUUCGUACCAGGAUAGAUCUGCUUAAACCUGUUUCAACUGCCAUGAAUGUUGAGACUCACGGGCUUCCUUGGGUUACUAGGGAUUUUAUUUACGCAUUCGUUCGAUUGGUUAACUCUUGGUUCAUCGUAAAGGGUUAUUUUAUACACCAAGAUGAGAUAAAAAUUUGCGCCAUUAGAGAAAUCCUCAAUGUAAGAUUUCAAACUUGUUUCACGCGUUGGGAGAAGGAAACAAUGGAGUUGGCUAAACAAAUGUUCAACAUUUUUCAAGAUUUGAAUUUGGACACCAGAUUAGAAACGAAUUCAAGAGCUGCCCGGAAUGCCCAACAUUUGGAGAGAAGCAGAGUAAGAGCUGCUUUCGAGGGAGCAAGUAAUGUGCAAAAUCCCAUUAAUCCAAUUGCUCCCAUGAUGCCCCUCGCUCCCCCAAUCUGGAAUGGUGGGUUCGCCAGGGCCGUUGAGGCUGAAAACGAAGGUGCCCGCAGGCCACAUGCGGUUGCAUCACAGUCUGCACCAAGGUCAGAUCCUAGGGGAGCCUUUCCCAAAACGCCCGCCCCACAGCAGGCGCAGUCUCAGAGACGUUACGUCUUAAAUCCCUAUGAAGUCGAAACCGGAGGAUUGACAAAGGCUGGUAAAUGCCUUCUGGAAAUAAUGAUCAUUGAUUUUAGAGCACGUGUCUUCGGACCGUUAACUAUAGAGUCAGAAAUCCGAGAGAUGAACCGCAUCUCGCAGAAGAUUAGAAACGACCAGUACAUGUACGUGAAUGAAGUUAUACGUGAUAUUCGGUACCUCGUUAAGCUUUGGGGGCAGUACAACAUCCCGAAACUCGCUUGGUAUUUACGCGAGUUGCGCAACUUGCUGCGUGAAUAUUUUUCCCCCUUUGACUUUAACCACAUUCAAGGAGCUUUUAACGAAUUUACCGGCCCAUUGAAGCCAUUAUUUUAAAUACUACUUAUGUAUUAAGUAUUAGACAUUAUUAGUUUUGUGAAUGUCAAUACUAUCUUUAAUAAUAAAAUGUACUUUUCAUAAUAAAAUGUGUUUUUGGAAAA